UCCCGGUGUAGCCAGUGGGCCACAGCGCUGCCUGCACAGGAGAGGAGGAGGGAAGAGGUGGCUCAGGAGAAGACUCUGAGUCCAAGACCCCAGGGUGGGGAGCCUCAGCCUCAGGCCCGCCCCCUGGGGAGAGCCCCACCUGUGCUGCCCAGGCCGCUCCCCAGCGCACGCUAGAAUCGCGGCCUUGCGUGUCCUGCCCCUGCCGGCCCCAUGUCUGUAGGUGUCGGUGGCUGUCUGCUUCCACCUGUGCAGAUGUUGCUCUGCUGGACCGUCAGCCUGCUGCUGGCCACCGUCGGAGGGAAAGAGGUUUGCUAUGGACAUCUCGGCUGCUUUUCCAACGAGAAGCCGUGGGCGGGGAUGAUUCAGCGGCCGUUGAAGAUUUUCCCCUGGCCCCCAGAGCGCAUCGGCACCCGCUUCCUCCUGUACACAAACAAAAAUCCCAGCAACUACCAGGUGAUCUCUGCCACUGACCCAGCCACCAUCGAGGCCUCCAACUUCCAACUGGACCGCAGGACACGCUUCAUCAUCCAUGGCUUCAUAGACCAGGGGGAGGACGGCUGGAAGCUGGACAUGUGCAAGAGAAUGUUUAAAGUGGAGAAAGUGAAUUGCAUUUGCGUUGACUGGAGGCACGGGUCCAGGACUGAAUACACCCAAGCCGCCUACAACACUCGGGUCGUGGGCGCUGAGAUUGCCUUCUUGGUGCAAGUGCUGUGGACGGAGCUGGGGUACAGCCCGGAGAAAGUGCACCUCAUCGGCCACAGCCUGGGCGCACACGUGGCCGGGGAGGCAGGCCGGAGGCUGGAGGGCCACGUGGGCAGGAUCACAGGGCUGGACCCCGCUGAGCCCUGUUUCCAAGGCCUGCCUGAGCUGGUUCGGCUGGACCCUUCAGACGCCAUGUUUGUGGAUGUGAUCCACACAGACAGUGCUCCCAUAGUUCCCUACCUCGGUUUUGGGAUGAGCCAAAAGGUAGGCCAUCUGGACUUCUUUCCAAAUGGAGGGAAGGAAAUGCCAGGAUGUCAGAAAAACAUACUUUCCACCAUUGUUGAUAUAAACGGAAUAUGGGAAGGGACUCGAAACUUUGCAGCCUGCAACCACCUGCGGAGCUACAAGUACUACGCCAGCAGCAUCCUCAACCCCGAUGGCUUCCUGGGGUACCCCUGCAGCUCCUACGAGAAGUUCCAGCAGGAUGACUGCUUCCCUUGUCCAGAAGAAGGGUGCCCCAAAAUGGGGCACUAUGCUGAUCAGUUUGAGGGGAAAACCGCUGGCGUGGAACAAACCUUUUUUCUGAACACAGGAGAUAGUGGCAACUUUACUCGUUGGCGAUACAAAGUGUCUGUCACCCUGUCUGGACCAAAGAAACGGAGUGGGUACAUCCUGGUUGCUCUGUACGGAAGUAACGGAAACUCAAAACAAUAUGAAAUUUUCAGAGGCUCCCUCAAACCGGAAGCAAGCCACGAGCGGGCCAUUGAUGUGGACGUCGAUGUCGGGGAGGUCCAGAAGGCCAAGUUUCUCUGGAGCAACAAUAGGAUGAACCUCUUCCGGCCCAGGCUGGGAGUGUCACUCAUCACAGUGCAGAGCGGCAGAGAUGGGAGAGAGUACAACUUCUGCAGCAGCGACACUGUGCAGGAAGACGUCUUACUGUCGCUCUACCCUUGCUGAGGGCACGCUGGGCUCUUGCCUCUUUUCCCUAAUAAAUGUUUUUAGUGCA